AUGGGAAAGCUAGAAGAGACGCUUGACCAGGGCGUCAAGGAUGGCAAGGUGCCACAUGUGAUCGUUGCUGCUACGAAUGCUUCUGGCAGCUUCACAUACAACUACAGGACUGGGACAGCUCAGUCUGCAGGUGGAAAUGCAAUCGAAGACGAUGCUGUCUUGCAAUUGGCCUCUCAAAGCAAGCUUCUCACAACCAUUGCCGCGUUGAGAGUGGUGGAGAAAGGUCUUAUCGGUCUUGAUGAUGAUGUGGGCAAGCACUUGCCUGUCCUGGCCAAGCAGCCCAUCUUCAAGGGUUUCGACGAAAAUGAGAAGCCGAUUCUUGAGGAGCGGAAGAACCCCAUCACCCUAAGGAAGCUGCUAACCCACAGUGCUGGCACAGUCUACGACGCAAUGAACUCUGACCUGGUAAAGCUCCGUCAGAACGAAGGCCAUGUGGCUAACACGGGUGUGACGAUCGAGGCUCGCUUCGGCCAUGCUGGCAUCUACGAACCCGGAACGAGCUGGAUGUACAGUACCGGGAUCGACUGGGCCGGCCGACUGGUUGAGAACCUCACCAAGCAAACCCUGGAAGAAUUCAUGCAGGAGAACUUGUGGAAGCCGAUGGGGUUGAAAAAUAUCACAUUUUGGCCGGACAAACACCCAGGUAUGGCUGACAGGAUCCCACAGCUCACCGUCCGCGGACCUGAUGGCAAGCUUGCGCCGCACAACGCUCCGACCCUCAACACGGGCUCCGUGGACUGUUUUGGCGGCCAUGGCAUAUACGCGACUAUGUCCGACUACCUCGCCGUCCAACGCAGCAUCCUUGCCAACGAUGGCAAACUUCUCAAACCAGAGACGGUGGAGAUGAUGUUCCAGCCUCAACUCAAUGACGAGGAACAGAAAGCGUUGAUGGCCUUCAUGGCGAGUCCCUACGGCGCCUCGGUCAUUGGAGAGUGGAAGCCCAAGCUUGAAUUGAAUUGGGGUCUGGGAGGUAUACUUUUGAUGCAGGAUGAUGAUGGAAGGAGGAAGAAGGGCACGUUGAGCUGGGGCGGCAUGGUCAAUCCGUUCUGGUUGAUCGAUCGUGAGGCGGACUUGGCUUUGACUUUCGGGACGCAGGUGUUGCCGCCGGGUGAUCCUAUGGUCAGUGAAAUGAUCAGUGCGAUCGAGUAUGACCUCUACAAGCAAAAGGGGGUAAAGUUCUGA